UAAGCGCCGCAGCGUUAUUGCGCGAAAAGCUCCGCAAAUACGGAGCUUUCGUACGGGAAAAGGAAGGGUAAGUAUCGCUCCCCACCUAAGCGACCUCCCGCUCAUUCGCUGACUAGCGCGCGCGGCGAGCGCACGUCUCCGCUCCGCGUACUCAUUCCCGCGCACGAUCGCGAAAAACUUUUACCAGUGCCGUGACAACGCUGAAAAUGAACAUUUUGUGCCGUGAUUUUCAUUGAAACUAGUGCCGGACUAAUCUACCGUAAGAGUGUUCUGAAGAGGCUAAUUACGAGUGCUAGACUAAUUGGCCCGGCCGGCGUUUCAUGAAGUGCGAGAGGCGAACGCCGCAACAGGCGAGCGGCAGUCCCGGGCUGGGCGUGCAGAUGCUCGCCAUGGAGGUGAGCAAGGAAGCGCGCGCGUCGCCGCUGCCUGCGCCCGCGCAGACGCCCACCAACGGCCAGACGCAGCCGCCGCAGCCGCAGAUAUGUGCUGGCUGCAGCAAGGUGAUCACUGAGCGCUACCUGCUGAAGGCCCUGGACCAGCUGUGGCACGAGGACUGCCUCAAGUGCGGCUGCUGCGACUGCCGGCUCGGGGAGGUCGGCCACACGCUCUACACGCGCGCCAACCUCAUACUCUGCAAGAGGGAUUAUUUGAGGCUUUUCGGCAACACAGGCUACUGCGCGGCGUGCAACAAAGUGAUUCCGGCAUUCGAGAUGGUGAUGCGGGCGCGAAGCAACGUCUAUCAUCUCGAGUGCUUUGCUUGUCAGCAGUGCAACCAUAGGUUCUGCGUCGGCGACCGGUUCUAUUUAUGCGAGAACAAGAUUCUCUGCGAGUAUGACUACGAGGAGCGCCUGGUGUUCGCCAACAUGGCCUACAACCCGCCGCCGCUGGCGCAUCUCAAGCGGCAGACCACGCACCUCCCGCCGCCACCGCAGACAAGCAACGCAAUGGGGCUGAUGAACGGCUCGUCCCGCUCCGGGGACCUGAACAACAAUAUGUCAGGGUCCUCUCCUGCCCCUUUUUCGGCGCCUCCACACCUCAAGCCCCUCGGUCUGUCGGCGCCAAGCUGAGAUUAUCGCGCGUGAGACGCGGCCCACCCGUACGCUAAGUACCAAAACUAAGUGACUGUUGCGGACUAGUUCGGACUAUCACGUGAUUACAAUUGGACUAAAGACUUUAUGGUGACCAGAAAAAUUGCACGUGUGGAUAUUAAAACUUCUAAUAUUGAAAAAAAAAAGUGCGAAGGACAUAUUAUGAACUGAUGUGGAACUUAAAAUCAAUGUUACAAUAUGCAAUCAAUUUAUGCAAUGACCUAAAUUGUAGGUAGAAAAUUCUUUCUUAAGGUAAAGUUGUACAUACAUACCCGUGGUAGUACUUUCUGACACCAAGCUGAUCUUAUUACUGAUUGGGGUACCUACCAAUGCAUAUUCGAUGUAUCAAUGUAAUUAAAAACAAAGCAUAUGCCAAAUUGUAGGUAAAAGCGUCACUGUUUCGUAACCUAAUAGAAUCAUAAAAUGGAUUUGUAAGUAUUUUAAUCUAUUCUGAACAUGACAGUAGUUUAAUUUUUUUUGUUAUUCUGGUAGUUUUUCUAGGUAACUAGUUUCCUUCUAUUUGAUUUUUGCAAAUUAUUUUAACAUGGGUUAUUAUAAUUAUUUAAACUAUUACUAUAUACUUCACAUACUAAAAUAUACUUUAAGUACUAGUUAUGACUACGAGGACCGCCUUGUGUUAUUAAUUGUAUAUUGAUACGUCAAUCAAAAUAGAGAUAAUAAUAUUAUAUUUUUUCUUUUCAUUAAUUUGAUCUCAUACAUGCACCGCUAGUGUAGUUUUAAGCCAUUACUUUGAAAACAAUGAAAACAUCUAUUAUUUUAGAUUUCUCUCAAAUAUUAUGUUCAGGAUAAUUUUGAUUAAUACUGUGUCAAUGUUCCUCUUAUAAGCUAACGUUAAAAACAAGCUAUACUUACCCAUUGUUGCUUUGAUAAUGAAAACUUGGCAUAGUACACACGGCUAAUCUUUAUUACUCAUCAUCAUUCGCUUGCCCUUGUCCCAUUCACUUGUGGUCGGCGCAGCAUGUCUUUUUCUUCCAUACCUCUCUGUCACCCGUCAUCUCAUCAUUCACUUGCGUUAGUUUCAUAUCAUCUUUCACACAGUCCAUCCACCUUUUCCUCGGUUUUCCUCUCCUCGUACCACCCUCCACAUUCAUUCUUAAUACCUUUCUCGUCACAUGACCAAUAAUCUAAUCUUUAUUACUUUAAAUAAUACAAAUAAAGUGAACAAGCCAGCUGUCGAUGUCGACCAGCCCCUUGAACAUUCUGUACCACCUUUUUAGAUUAAUACUCUAACGUCGAUAUUUUAAAAUGUUUUGAAGACUGUGAAAUGAAGGAGAAUCAAAUAAAUGUCUGUAUAGUUAUUGUGUCAAAUUGUAUGUACAUAUUCUAGGUACUUAACACAAUCUCUUUGUUAACAUGUAAGUACCGUUUAAUGUGCCAACUUUGCUCCCCAAUACGUAAUUGUGUUUCAACAGUUUUUAUAUGUAUAUGUAAACAUCACAACCUCAUUUAAGUGUUACAUGAUAGUACUUAGUGAUGGUCUACGUUAAAAAGGCAAAUAUAUCAACAUACCUACCACAAUAUAAUAAUUUUAAAAUUUAAAUAAAAUUUCGAAUAGAGCAAAUUUUGGAGUAAAGUAGGCACAUUUUAGGGUUACCUUUAGUGCCAUAUAAGCAAAAUCCCAAAUUAAACUUACGUUAGCGAUCAAAAUAAUUAAGUUUGUCUUUUAAAAAAUAUGAAUGUUUGUUUAAUUCAACUAAGAACAGUUCAAUAAUUAAAUUAAUAUUCAUAGAUCGAGGAAUCUCAUGGCUAAGCCGAAAAUUUUAGUUUUUUAAAAUGCUUUGUUAUUUCGUUUUGUACCUAUAUUGUAUAUUAAAUGUUAAGUUUACUAUCUUUACUAUGAACAUUGUUAAAAUGUUUGUAUUAUUUAUGUACAUAAAGUAUUAUUGUAAGUAGACUAUUGUACUGUAAUAAAGUGAUCAUUAUUAAUGAAUUAAAUAGAAAAAUGUCAAAUAUGUGUAAAAUAAAAUAAUAUGUCUAGUUCAAACAAAAAUAGUUUCUUUAGUAGGUAAUCUGUUUAGGGAUAAACCGCAAAUAUUCACAUUCAUUCUUGUUUACCUGUUUCUAUGGCAAUCAGUUAUUCUCAAUCUCAAAUUGUCAGGGAAUAUUUGGAGUAGAUCCACAGCCUAUGGUACCCAUACCUAUCUACGGUAGUGUGCAGGUUGUGUUCAUCUUAUAUGCUCUUAGAGAGACCCCCACACUAGCGAGACUAGACUCUCCCAAGCGUGACGCGUGUAGUCAACUCUAUGGUUCCUGCUUCGACGCAACGUUGGAGCAACUACGCAGCGACGCUAUUUUCCAUAGCGCUCACUAGACGCCGACGCUGAUGACUAACGGCCCGGCCACGACAUCGCGCGCCGGCGGCAGCGGCGAGCGGCGGCCAUAGGUUGGAGCAAGAUAAAGCGAUCGGACCUUUCGUUCCCACCUAUGGCCGCCGCGCAAUGUCGUGGCCGGGCCGUAAUGCUGGGUGGCCCUUAUUAAGAAAAUGUGAAUAAGCGCGGUGUACCCUAUGUCCAAUUUUUAUUAUUUCUGCAUUUAUUGUAGUAAGUUUCAUGCAUUCCUACUUGAGAUGUUGCACUGAGAAAUUGUGUCGUGUACACAUUUUGUUCAAUAUCAAGUGUCUCAGGUUUAUGUAACCAAUGAUACGACCAAAGAUG